UGCUGAGAGCUCAGUCUUGAUAGUGUUAGAGAUGACAGUAGCAAGAAAAACUGGAAAGAUUGAAUCUUUAAAGAAAUUUGAGGCAAAUGGAACUAUGGUGUCAGCAAAGCCAGUAAUGGUGCCACAAAUUGAGGAAAAGAUGAUGGUGAUGCUAAAUGAGACUAGGAGAAAACUUGGCAGCUUUCAGAUUUGUGCACUUUGCACUUGCUGUGGUGGGGAUAAAGGAUACUGCUUGCCCACUUCUUGUUGCUAUGCCAUCAAUUGUAAUAUACCAAACAGGCCUUUUGGUUUCUGUGCUUUCACUCCUAAAACUUGUAAUUGUCUUGGAUGCCAUCUCUAAUACUGAAAUCAAAGCAUCUUUCUUGA